ACUCCCUCAGGCCCGGUCUUUCUCACUCACACUUCGAAUCCCACGCUUCAGAGCUCAUUACCCAACUGUACGGAGUUGCAGCUUGUCUGAACUGUACCGACAAACCAAACGCAAGAAUACCCUCCUUUUCCAGGGAGGAGCGACUACAAGUCUUCGGAUACGACGCCGUUUAAUUAAUGCAACACCGCGACUACCAAUUCUCCAGCCACCGUCCCAGGCGGCGCCCCCGUCCCCCGCAGCCGAUCUUGCUGCAACCCGGCCAGGUGGCAUUCCGAGUCAUCUGCCAUGUUUCCAUCAUCGGCGGCCUAAUCGGUCCUUCCGGCUCCAUCAUCUCUCAAAUUCGACGCGACACCGACUGUACCAUCCGCUGCGAAGAGCUAGUGCAAGGCUCGGACCACCGGGUUAUCGUGGUAAUCGGGCCGGCAUCCCCCGGGAGGAGAAUCGCGUUAAAGUCAAUGGAGGGUGAUGAUGAGGAUGAAAAGGAGCUCGUGUCGGUAGCGCAGGAGGCGGUGAUUAGGGUUUGUGAGAGGAUGUGGGAGGUUGGCGCUCAUAGCGGACGGGUUGAUGAUAGUGAGAGGGGCGUGAGUGAGGGCUAUUGUGGACUUCUGGCCGAUACGACGCAGAUUGGUGCCGUAGUAGGGAGAGGAGGGAAGAAUGUCGUGAGAAUGAGGAGAGAGAGCGGGGCCCAGAUUAGGAUCCUGCCGGCCCCACAAUGCGCUGCGAAGGACGAUGAAUUGAUUCAGAUUACAGGUGAUAUUUUGGCUGUAAAGAAAGCACUGGUCGCUGUAACUGAAUGUCUUCACGAUUGUCCGCCGUAUAACAAAGAACCAAUGCUUUUGAACAGACCUGUUGAGAGAGCUUCACACAUUUCCUCUUCUGAUCUGCAUGCAGAGUUCUUCCCACAUCUUAGUUCAUUGUUACCACCUUUGAUUGAAAAUUCUGCAAAUUCCCAUUCAUUAUCCUCAGAUGCUGAUGAAGACCCCAACCAGGAUGUGAAAUCUACAAGACAAGAAGUUUCAUUUAGGCUGCUUUGCUCCAAUGGUGCAGCUGGGAGCAUAAUUGGCAAGAAAGGAACCAUAGUAAGAACUCUACAGAAUGAAACAGGUGCUUCUAUCAUGUUUGCAGCUCCAAUAACUAUGUCUGGUGCACGUGUAGUCACCAUUUCUGCAUUUGAGAACCUUGAAUCAUCGUACUCUCCUGCACAAAAAGCUGUUAUUCUUGUCUUUGCUAGAUCUAUUGAGCAUGACAUUGAAAAGGGGCAUUCAUCAGGCUUGAUUAAGGGUAGUACUGUAACUGCAAGGCUCCUAGUGGCAUCAGAUGUUGUUUGUUGCCUGAUUGGGAAUGGUGGUGGGAUAGAUUCUGAAAUGACAGAAUUAGCUGAUAUACGGAUCUUAGAAGGGAAACAUGUCAUGGAUUGUACUUCAGAAAAUGAUGUAGUAAUAGAGAUCACUGGUGAGUAUAAAAAUGUACAGAAUGCUCUGUUUCUAGUUACUAGGAAACUGAGGGAUAAUCUUUCUCGUACUGAACUGCUCAAUGAAGUGAGAACAAGGAGUCCCCAUGGAAGAGUAAUGGAGAUUGCUUCUCCUAGAUUGCAGCAACCAAUCCUAUCUCUUAAUUCUGAUCGAGAAUGUAGUUUGAAAGGAGGAAUGGAUCGGCUUGGACUUUCCAACAACUUGGGCAAUGCCUCUUCGUCGGGACAGCGGUCACCACAGAAAUUUGGAAAAACGCAUGCAACAACUAUUAAAAAUAAUGGAAACAGCUCAACUUUGUCUGGUGGGUGUUCAGAACUUGAAAGGUCACUUCACUUGUUUCUGCCCAAAGAGGUGCUUAAAGAGGUAGGUGCAAGGAGUCCUGGUGGAGUGAGAGAGACUACUUGUCAUGAAUCACAUUCACCAUCAGACCUAGCUUCUGAUCUCAUUCAAGAAACUAUUUUAACAAAAGAAAAAAAUCAACCUGGACUCUCCAACAUUGGCAGUCGUUCAUCUGCAUUGCAUAUGCAACAGACUGCAGGAAAAGGCUCAACAACUUUUGGAGGGAGUGUAGAACUUGACAGUAGUUUGCGCCGUCGAAAAAGAUCUGCUAUAGUGGCAAAUACAACCUUGGAGCUGAUAGUCUCUGAAGAUAUUCUUGGUUCUAUUUAUGGUGAUGAUGGCAACAAUCUGGCUAGAUUAAGACAGAUUUCAGGUGCAAGAGUUGAAGUGCGUGAUCCAUCUCCCAGCAAGAGUGAGAGAAUGGUGGUUAUAUCAGGGACACCAGAUCAAACCAGGGCAGCACAGAGCUUGCUUCAAGCCUUCAUUUUAGCCGACCAGUAAUUUACAUACUACAAUCUAACCACAUAUAGUUUGCAGCAGAUUGUUGGACGUAGAUGUCAUUUGUGUAUAUUUCCACUCGAAGCAUGGACAUAUCUUACGUGUGUGGUUCAGUGUCAACGUGGAAAUGCUAACUUUUAUGUAGGGUGAGAUUUCCCAGCAAGAUCAAAGCCGUAGAAGAGGUCUUUCUAACAGGUCCUUGAGAUUUGGAAGUGCAGAGUACAAUUACACUGGAUUUGUUGAUAUUUAAUUGCGAAACUUGAAAUGAUAUCAUAUGCUUUUAAUAUCUUGUUAGAUCAAUCGUUUACCUUUCCCUUUUAUUUUUAUUUUUUUAAUAAGAAGAGGAUUUUGUUGAA